AUGAAGUAUUCUAUAUCCAUAUCAUUUGCAUUACUAGAUAUCGAUGAGUGCCUCAAUAGAAGCCAUGCUUGUGACGUGACUGCGAAUUGUACCAACACUGACGGCUCCCAUAUAUGCACCUGUAAGGUAGGAUACACUGGGGAUGGACACUCAUGCCAAGGUAUAAUCAUUACAUAAGACUUAGCAAAUAGCAGAUUGAAGUUUCCCACAAAUAAAAAAAAUAAUUCUUUCUUUAAAAACUCAGAAAUUUGAUGUUUGUCUCUGUCAAGUAACGUUUUGGCAAUUCAUUUUUGUUCUCAGAUGUCAAUGAGUGCAGCGAUGGCAACCAUGUUUGCCAUGUCAAUUCGAACUGUAACAACACAGAUGGUUCUCACAUUUGUACUUGCAAAGAAGGAUACACUGGAGAUGGACAGUCAUGUGAAGGUGAAUAAGAGUUGCCUACACUAUUUAAAACAAGCGCUUUGCAUAUAAACUAUCGCCCAUGGGAAUUAGCCCACAUUUUAAAGGCCUGUUUUCACGCACCACUCUCAUAUUUCUAUUAUGUUACCUCUUUUACAUCACUUAUGCUUCUAGAUAUCGAUGGAUGCAGCAAUGGAAGCCAUGAUUGUGACGUAAAUGCAAGUUGCACAAACACUAAUGGCUCCCAUAGCUGCACCUGUAAGGAAGGAUACUCUGGAAAAGGAGAGUCAUGCCAAGGUAAAAUUAGUUAGACUUUGAAAAAGUAGAAUAACUGUUCAUCAGAAAUAAUUGCCUUGUCAUCCGACAAACUGGUUAACAUUUGUUUUCCUUUAUUUAGUUACCCUUUGCAAAAAGAUUGCGUUCCCAGUGGAACGAUGAUAGCGAUGUAUGUGAUUCUAAAGCUAACUGUACAAACACUAAUAGUUCUCAUAACUGCAUCUGUAAGAAAGGAUACAUUAUAAAUGGACAGUCUUGCCAACGUAGACUAGAAAAGCAAUACUUAAUGUUGAGCAAAGCAGCUUUUCAUAAUAAGUAUUGCCUUCGUAACUGAGGUUAUGAUCAAGAAGCAACGUAAUGAUUUUCACGCCCCGACCUCAUACUUCUAUUGAGUUAUGGGUUUCAUCAUAUGCGUACAUUCACAUUUUUUCGAAGGUUCAAAAUAUAAUACACGGGGAUAUUUUACGAGUUGUUCGGUAUAUUUCCAAGCGCGGAAGGAAAGAAGAUAAUUAAGAGCAACGAACGAAAUUUCUUCCCGUAUUAUAUGAUAAACCAUCGAAUAAGGGAUUUAUCAUUUAACCAUUACCUGGAAUAUUUUUCUCGAAUUUACGGCCACGCUGGGAUAACCCCCCCCCCUACCCCACCCUUCUCUCCCUCACUUUUUUUAAAUAGAGUAGAUACAAGGAAAAUCUAUUUCUACUGCCACACUUUUUAUGUAACUUUUCAAGCUUCAACGACAGCGCAAUCAGUACGGCAGAAUAAUUCUAUUUUCCAUUUCACUUUUUCUAUUUUCAUGUGCUUGCAGAGAAUUUUUUAUGUAUUAUCUAUUAUUUUGAUUUUAUGUCCUAUUGGCAAAGUGACUUAAGAAGUGCCCCUCUCGAAUAAUCGAUAAAGCGCCCUCUUUUUAGCCGAAAUUUUUAAUAAGCGCUCAAGUGCUCUUUGAAAAUGUCUAUUAUUUCAAUUAUUAAAGUAGACACAAUAUCGCCCGAGGAACUAAAUAUGUAUCUUGCGAAGUUUAUUUGCUCUUUUCGACUUAAAGACAGAGAUGAUUAUGAACCCUUAGGCUUAACAUGCCUGGUUUCAAGUAUUGAGGGGUAUUUUGUUAUUUUUUGCCAGCUGUCAGUAUGAUGCAAUAUUUCUAUCGAGAAGGGAAAUUGAUAUGGCUUUUAUCUUUCAUGAUCGAUUUAUAACCCAUCGUCUGUUUGACAAUUAAAUGCUAUAAAAGAGGAAUUUACUCUCCUUAUGUACAUGUAUACUAUAUAAUAAACCUAAUACAUCACGUGUAGUCGGUCCGCACGGUAUAUAAACAAUCGUUGCUUUAUAUCAAAAAUCUUACUCGUUUGCUGCGUUCACUCCCUCGACUUCCGAUACUGCGAUCUCGUGCGUGAAUACCAUAAAGACAGACUUUGCACGAAUUAUUCUAUAUCUAUAUCAUUUGUACUACCAGAUAUCGAUGAGUGCCUCAAUAGAAGCCAUGCUUGUGACGUGACUGCGAAUUGUACCAACACUGACGGCUCCCACAAAUGCACCUGUAAGGAAGGAUUCACUGGGGACGGACACUCAUGCCAAGGUAUAAUCAUCACAUUAGACUUAGCAAAUAGGAGAAUGAAGUUUCCCACAAAUAAAAAAAAAGCUCUUUCUUUCAAAACAAAAAUUUGAUGAUUGUCUCUGUCAAGUAACGUUUUGGCAAUUCAUUUUUGUUCUCAGAUGUCAAUGAGUGUAGCGAUGGCAACCAUGUUUGCGAUGUCAAUUCGAACUGUAACAACACAAAUGGUUCUCACAUUUGUACUUGCACGGAAGGAUACGCUGGAGAUGGACAGUCAUGUCAAGGUGAAUAAGAGUAGCCUACACUAUUUAUAACAAGCAGCUUUAAACAUAAACUAUCGCCCAUGGAAAUUAACCCACAUUUUAGAGACCUGUUUUUACGCACCACUCAUAUUUCUAUUGCGUUCCCUCUUGUACAUCACUUAUGCUUCUAGAUAUCGACGAAUGCAGCAAUGGAAGCCAUGAUUGCGACGUAAAUGCGAAUUGUACCAACACUAAUGGCUCCUAUAGCUGCAUCUGUAGAAAAGGAUACACUGGAAAAGGAGAGUCAUGCCAAGGUAAAAUUAGAUGAGACUUAAAAAAAGCAGAAUAACUGUUCAUCACAAAUAAUUGCCUUGUUAUCCAAUAAACUGGCUUAGACUUUUUGUUCUCUAGUCAGUUGCCCUUUGCAAAUCCAUUGUGUUCACAGAUAUUGAUGAAUGCAACGAUGAUAGUCAUAUUUGUGAUGCUAAUACUAACUGUACUAACACUAAUGGUUCUCACAAUUGCAUCUGUAAGGAAAGAUACGUUAUAAAUGGACGGUCCUGCCAAUGAAGAUUAGAACAGCGAUACUUAAUUUUGAGCAUAGCAGCUUUCCAUAAUAUGUAAUGUCUUCGUAACUGGGCUCAUGAUCAAGAGCCUGCAACGUAAUGAGUUUCACGCCCCGACUUCCUAUCUAAAUUAAGUUACGGGUUUCAUCAUAUGCAUACAUUCACAUUUUACGAGGGUUUAAAAUAUAAUACACGCGGAUAUUUUACGAGUUGCUUAGUAUUUUUCCGAGCCCAGAAGGAAUGACGAUAAAUAAGAGCAAUGAGCAAGAUUUCUUCUCGUAUUAUAUGAUAAACCAUCGAAUAAGAGAUUUAACAUUUCACAAUGACCUGGAAUAUUUUUCUCAAAUAUGCGGCCACGCUCAGAUAACCACCCCCCCCAACUCCUCUCCUUCCUGACUUUUUAAAACAAUAUAGAUACAAGGAAAAUCUAUUUCUGCCGCCACACUUUUUCUGAUAACCUUUUUACCAACAACAGUCCAAUCAGUAGAGCAGAAUAAUUUUAUUUUCUAUUCCAGAUUUUUUUUCUUCAUGUGCUUGCAGAGUUCCUUUAUGUAUUAUAAUUUUUUCUUAUUUUUGUCCUAUUGCUGAGGUAACUUAAGAGGCGCCCCUCGCGACUAAUCGAUGAAGCUAUCCCCCCAGUUUUAGCCGAAAUUUUCAAUAAGCGCUCAAGUGCUCACUGAAAACUACUAUUAUUUCAAAUAUUGAAGUACACACAAUAUCGCCUGAGGAACAAAACAUGUAUCUUGCGGAGUUUAUUCACUCUUUUCAACUAAAAGACAGAGAAGAUUACGAACCUUCAGGCCAAACAUGCCUUGCUUUAAGUAUUUAGAGGUAUUUUGAUAUUUUUUGCCAGCUGUCAGUAUGUUGCAUUAUUGAUAUCGAGAAGGGAAAUUUAUAUGGUUUAUAUCUUUCAUGAUCGAUUUAUAAACCAUUGACUUAAGUCUGUUUAACAAAUUAUUGUCAUUAAAGAGGAAUUUACUCUCCUUAUGUACAUGUUAACUAGAUAAUAAGCGUAAUACACCAUGCAAAGUCUAUCCGUAUGGUAUGUAAACAAUUGUUGGUUUAUAUCACAAAUCUUACUCGGUUCCUGCGUUCACUCGCUCGAUUUCCGAUACUACGGGCUCGUGCGUAAAUACUAUACAGACAGACUUUCCCUCGAGUAUUCUAUAUCUAUAUCAUUUAUACUACUAGAUAUCAAUGAGUGCCUCAACAAAAGCCAUGCUUGUGAUGUGAGUGCAAAUUGUACCAACAAUGACGGCUCCUAUAACUGCACCUGUAAGGAAGGAUACACUGGGGACGGACAGUCAUGCCGGGGUACGUUAGAUUAGACUUAGUUAGCAUCAUACAAAGCUACUUUUAACAAUAUCCAGGGCCUGCUAAAAAAUUUUCAUACGUGGAAAGAUGAAAUGUGAUUUGCAACCUCAGACAUGGCAAGUGGAGUGAAAUCCACAAAUGAACAACAUUUACGUGAAGAAACGUUAUUCUCAUGGCCAUAUCCAGUCUUGCGAAUGCGAUCCAUCCAGUGGCUAUGUAUGUAUUAAUCUCCAUAUUGUGUAUUGUGUCGAUCAGAAUUGAACUGAGACAUGAGAAGCGGCUUCGUUCCCACGCUAAAAAACUGUAGUUAUGUAAGUAAACUAAGUUUGGUGGCAUGCAUUCAUGUAGAAAAGAAAAACUAAUGUUAAGCUUGGUUCUCGUAUAAAAGUUGCAAGAUGUUUGCUUCACGCUGUGCGAAAUGUUUGACAUAUAUAUACCUUUAUAAAAAUUCCGAGCUAAAAAAAUAUCGGUCUUUCUUUCUUGCUGAUUCUAAAAGUAUGAAGGGUGCAAGAUAUAACCCGGUUUUAACUUUUCUUUGCUGGUUACAAAUCUUUACCAUAUCUCUCGACUGACGAAGUUCUCUUUUAGACAUUGACGAGUGCAGUGAGGUUUAUGACGUCAAAAUGAACGACUGCCAUCCUAAUGCCUCAUGCGUUAAUACCCAGGGCUCAUACAACUGCUCCUGCAAUCCUACCUAUAUUGGGAAUGGUGCUAUCUGUGAAGGUAAAUUUCUUAUUUUCAGGCUUCGUAACUUGAUAACGUACGUCUUGUUAAAUGUAUUUGUCUAUGACUCGCGAGGAUUUGGACUAAAUGAUACAUGUUACUCAUCAGAGAAUUUAGGAAACUUGCAUUAGUCUUUAAUUCUGUGGGAUUCUUUCGUUUUUAUUUUUGUUAAUAUUAGUAUUAUUAUACAAUAUUUUCGAUACACUUAGAAACUCAAGGCCUUAUCUCCUUUAUAAUGAACGUCUUUAACUUUCCUACUUUUUUUCUUGAGUAUUUUUAAUGUCCUUUUACGUGAUAUUUCUUCAUUUGUGUAUUAUUUCCAUCAUUGUGAUAAGAGCAGUUAAAUUUUCUUUCGUUAUGAUUAUUAUUAUUUAACUUCAAUUUGCAGCCGAUCCGUGCUACAAGUAUCAGAACCUGAGUGAGGCCGAUAGAAAAAUCAGUUACUUAACACCCUUCAAUCUAGAGUUAUGUGACAAGCUACUCACCGAGGGAUGGUAUCGUUUCGUGGGAGCUGCUGGAUCUCAAAUGCCAACAACGUAUGUGCCAGCAUAUAGAUGUGGUACAGCGUGGUCAGGGUGGUUGAAUGGUGCUCAUCCUACAGUGGGAGAUGGUAAAGUUAUCAGGAUGGUUUGCUUUAGUGACCGUAACACGGGUUGCAAACAUUCAAUCAUAAUUUCAGUUAAAAAUUGUGGAUCAUUCUACAUCUACAAUCUUGUUCAGCCCCCUCGUUGUAAUUCGCGCUACUGUGGCACGGACUAA